AUUCCUUUGAAAGCGGCAAGAUACCUGAGAUAGCUCCAUUCCAGUGAGCCACUCUAAGCCUAGCUGCCUUGACUCAGUUUCUUAAUUCUCAUAAUUUUUGAUCUACUUCACACGUUGUGCUUAUUUUCAUAAGUUGAACCCGCAGCUCUUGCCAAGAAUUACUUAUUCUAAGCUCUUGAGGUUUAACGUUGCUUGCCCAACAGCAAACAUAUAGCAGAUAUCUUAUAGAAUACCUAAACUUAUCUCAUAUCAUAUAUGAGCCCUCUUUUAUUAGGCCUAUGAAGUGUUUGCUUGGUAUCUAUGUACAGCGGUUACUAGGAUCCUUUGGUUAUUAUUCUUUCUCUAUAUUUCACCACAAUUCCAUACAACCGCCCCCCGCUUUGCUUUUCCACCUUUAAUACUUUUGUUCUCUCUUUCUCUCUUUAUCAUAAUUCCAUCCGCAUUAGCAUCCAGUAUAAUAACAUUGUAGAUGGGUCUCUUUCGAGUUUCAAUCUCACUCGUUAUGCUUUUACGGUACGUCGAUAAAUUUGUAGGAGGUAGACUAUAUGGUUGGGAUAAGAAUGGAUAUAGACCAGGAAGAUAUUCUCACUUAUCAGCGUCUCCCGGUUGCUGAAAAGACCGUUGGUUGCGUGCCAACACCCGACUUAUACUUUGACCAAACAUUAUCCGAGUCUGAAGCUUCACAUUCGCACCAUGAAAUUAUCGCAAGCAUCGAGGAGAAUGAGCUAUAUAGCUUAGAGGACGACGCAUAUAAAACACGCGAUCAUGCAUACAGACCAAGUAGGACCGAUAAAAAUUAUCCGUACGAACGAUCGAGGACUAGUAGCACAAGUUCGGAUACUUCCUGGAGCAGACCAGAGACACGUCCUUACGAAGGCCGUGAGAUAGCUCCAGAUUUGCCCAUUGAAAACGCACCGCGGGAGAGACCUAUUAUUGUAGAAAUCCCCCAAUCUACUCUGACUCAACCUAAAUCUAUUUUCAGAGGUGCUACGCCGUCUUCCACGGAAAUUAAUGAAGUGGAUGCUCUCUCAACCUUACUUGAAACAUCAAAAAUCAACGAAUCUUUAGAAUACAUGGAAUUUGAUCUUCAAGACUUCUCUAUAUACCUCGACUCCGAACUCUACCCUUGCGAACUAAGGCCUUUACAACAUCUCGCUACCCGGCAAUCUUCCGAUGUUUUCUAUUUUGACGGUACCCUCGUUUAUGAUGAACAGAACUUUUUUCUUAAGAAGAUACCCUUUCGGGAGCUCCCUAUUGGAAAUUAUGCUAGCGAGGAACACACUGUUGGCGAUCAGAUCUGGAUACGCUCGCGAUUAAAUGAGCAGCGGGGCCACGAAAUUUAUUAUAAACUGAAGACCCCUUCAACAGAGUACAUAAGAUUUUAUGAAGCGUUCCGCUGGAUUGCCGACUUUACCAAGCAUGUGCUCGAUUAUUGCGACUACUUAAAGGAGGUUGGCCGCAAGGCGGUUCUUUAUGAUUUCAAAUCGGAGUUUAGUACAUGGAUCCUGCAGAAACAUACGAAAUCGGCUGCAUUUAAACGAUGGCACCUUGCCCACGGGAAUAACGACUUUCGAGGGGCUCUCAUUGCCAACAUUGACUUUAUCUGGAAAGAAGCUCACGGGUUGGAUGAUACAAUUGUUUCAUGGCAUACAUUUUGGUCGGAGAUUAAAACAUUCAACCGAUAUAAGCCUAAUCUCGAGAUAAACACGGCAACAUCCGACCAAGACAGUGACGUAGAUAGGGGACGUAGGAAGCGUUCGAAGUUACGAAGAAAUGCCACAGUUGUGCCGACAAUUGUGACGCCUUACGUUCACGAUCUGUUCUCCCAUAUGAUAUUUGGAAAUAUUCUCAAACCAGUAACCCCAUCGGCUUCAGUAGAGAGAAAACGAGUAGAUUUCAUCCGAACUAGUCGUCCAACUGAGAAGACCAGUCCACGGGCGAUCAAGAGGGACGCCUAUGAUAGUGAAUCAUUCAUCAAUUCAAUUAAGGAGGGAGAUGUCAUAUCUACAAGGCCAGAUGACGAUAACACUGAUACAGAGUGGAAACAGCAAAAGUCAAAGCAUUACGAAGGAGAACACUUAUGGUUUGGUCUCGUACAGAAGAUUCAUCGAUUGCCCAGAGGGAGGUAUUCCUUCGACGUUAUAUGGCUCUAUCAACCGAUCGAUACGCCCUGUGGUAUCAUGAAAUAUCCCUGGAGUAACGAGCUCUUCUUAUCUAACAAUUGCACCUGCCAUCACGGAACUGCGCGGGUAAAAUCAGAUCAGAUCCUCUCGACGCAUGAGGUAGAGUGGUUUGGGAACCCUUCCACCUCAGCAGAGUUCUUCGUUCGCCAAACCUAUCUAUCUGAUGAUUGUAAAUGGACUACUUUACAAAAGGAACACCUUACGUGUGAAGAGGACAGGUUUCACGAGAAGGCAUCUUACAAUAUUGGAGACACAGUUCUCGUUGAAACCAAUCCGAAAGCACUACAGUUGGAGACCUUUAUUGUGGAAUCAUUAGUUGAUGAAGGAAAGAGACGCCACGUUAAGUUGAGAAAGCUCCUGCGGAGAAAGGAGGUCGAUAAAUACGCGUCUAAUUCACCUCCUAACGAAGUGGUUUAUACAGAUCAAAUUGUUGAGAUUUCUUCGCACAAGAUAUUUCGGCACUGCUUGGUUAGAGCGUUUCCACCCGAAGAAACUGUAUCUAGCCCUUACGAUUUGAAUGGUACCGGCGACCUAUUCUUUAUGACACAUCAGGAGAUUGAGACUGGAGAAGGCCAGUUGGCUUACAUCCCCCUGAACAUGGAAUUAGUGCAAAGAUUACGGCUAGGAUUCGACCCCUCUCAGAACUAUCGGUCACAGAAACUACAAGGUCUUGAUCUGUUCUGCGGCGGCGGAAAUCUUGGACGAGGUCUGGAAGAUGGUGGUGGCAUUGAGAUGCUCUGGGUUAACGACAUCUGUAGUGAGGCUAUUCACACGUAUAUGGCUAACUGCGAGCCAGACACACCCAUAACCCCCUUUUUGGGUUCAGUUGAUGACCUGCUGCUUCGGGCCAUGUGGGGGACCGACAUCAAAGUGCCUCGACCUGGCGAUGUCCAAUUCAUCUCCGCCGGCUCACCUUGUCCGGGGUUUUCCUUGUUAACUCCUGAUCGGACCACAAAUGACCAACGGAAGAACCAGUCGCUUAUUGCUUCGUUUGCAGCUUAUGUCGACCUGUACCGACCUUACUACGGAAUACUCGAGAAUGUGCAGCAAAUAGUAAACACGAAGAACCUCCGCGACACAUGCGUUUUCUCUCAGUUAGUGUGCGCGCUUGUCGGUCUAGGCUACCAGGUCCAGGUUAUGUUUCUAGACGCGUGGUCAUUUGGUGCGCCACAGACUCGUAGCCGAGUAUUCCUCGUCUUUAGCGCUCCGGGCUUCCGGAUGCCCAAGGCCCCAGUGCCAUCGCAUUCUCACCCACCUGGCACCCAGUUGACGAAGCUUGGCGAGAUGUCUUGCGGGCGCCCUUUUGACAGUAGGCAACUCCUAUCAACUCCCUUUAGAUACGUGACCGCGCAGGAGUCUAUAGGGGAUUUACCCGACAUCCAAGACGGCAAACCGGAUUUCUGCGUCGGCUUCCCUGACCAUCGACUAGCUAAAGGAUUCACACCCCCGAUAAGAAAGCAAUUAUCCGCUAUCCCCAUCCACCCCUGGGGCAUGAGCUUUAGUAAACUUUGGCACGGCCGACCGGGACUGCCUCCUGUGAUGGGCGAGUUAGAUCGGUAUCAUCUGUUCCCCCCCGAAACUGCCGAGAGAACCAUGAAGCCGUCUAAAGGCUGGGGUCGCAUCCACCCACACAGCUUGCUUGGUACCGUCGCCACGAGGUGCUCCCCGACGGACGCCCGCAUGGGAACGAUCAACCACUGGCAGCAGAACCGCCCGCUGACCGUCCUGGAGAUCAGGCGUGCGCAGGGCUUUCGCGACGAGGAACUGAUCCUUGGCACGCCGGCUGCGCAAUGGCGCAUCAUCGGCAACAGCGUUUCCCGGCAGGUAUCCGUGGCUCUCGGCCUGGCCGUUCGGGAGGCGUGGUACGGAACCCUCUUCGACGAACCGCAUUUGCCGCAGACUGGACUGGCCGCUUCGGUUCCGGAUGCGUUGGCAUCUAUACCUACACUUGAGGAAACGACAGCCCCUGACUUAUCGGUCACAACACUUGACAGCUUAGCAGAAACCAGGGGAGCCAUUACACGCUCUCCGAGCACCAGUAUGGCUUUCGAAGGCUUGUUCGUGACGCCGACCUCUCCUCGGAAUUCCCCCUCGCCCACCGCCACCCCUAUCACGACCGACUCGGUGGUGGACUUCUCUGAUGGCGAGGGGGUAAGUCGGAAGAGAGUGUCGCUGUACGUCGAGACGCUGACUAGGAGGCGGAAGCUCAGCUCGGGGUAUGAGGAGAUCACUGAGAAGUCUAUUGCCAUUGAGCGUUCGGAAUAACUCGAUUUAAAGAUGCUGUUCUGCGGUUUGCCUACUCGCAUAUAUGAGUGCA